AUGCGCGGCAGCGCGGGUUGGGCGGCAGUCGGUGGGGUUAUGUCGGGCCGCGGGCGUCGGGGCCGUGGCCGUGGCCGGCCGAGGCCGCAGUCGGGGCAGCCGCAGAGCGAGGCGGCUGGCGGCUCUGUGAGGGUGAGCCGGUUCUGCCCGCAGUGCGGGUUCGGCGUGGAGCCCACGUUCCGCUUCUGCCCGGCCUGUGGUGGGAGGCUGCACGCGCCGCUGCAGCAGCAGCAGCAGCAGCAGGAGGAGGAGGAGAAGGAGCCGGCAUCGCCCCCGCCGCCGCCGCAGCCGUCCACGAGUCCCGCGGGCUCCCCGGGGACGGCAUCAGCACGGUCCCCGGCCUGGCCCGGCUCCCGCUCGCCCCACAAGCUGCGGCGCGGCCCGGCGGAGCCCCUGCCAGUGAAUGUAGUCCUGACGGACCAGGGCGGCCGGCGGUGGAAGCUAGUCCGGCUCCUGGAGCGGGGCGGCUGCGGGCUGGUGUACGAAGCGCAGUCAGCAUCUGGAGCCUGUCCUCAAAAGCAAAGAUACUCCCUCAAACUUGAUGUAAAAGGUGGAAGGAUCUACAAUGAACAGAAUUUCUUCCAGCGAGCUGCGAAGGCAGCCACAGUGGAGAAGUGGAGGAAGGGGCACUCUGUGCCAUUGCUGGGAAUUCCCAAUUGCGUUGGCUUUGGACUGCAUGCAGAGAGCUACAGGUUUUUGGUGUUCUCUGACUUAGGGCGAACUCUUCAGUCUGUCCUGAAUGAUGGCUUGCACCUACUGAGGGAGAAGGCAGCUUUUCAGAUUGUAGUCCGGCUGCUUGACUGCCUGGAGUACAUCCAUGAGAAUGAGUAUGUGCAUGGGGACAUCACAGCUGAGAACAUCUAUUUGAACCCAGCAGACCACAUGCAGGUGACCCUCGCAGGCUAUUGCUUUGCCUUCCGUUAUUGCCCAGGAGGUAAGCAUGUGGCUUGGCGCGAGGGCAGCAGGACCCCUCAUGAGGGCACGAUAGAGUUCAUCAGUGUGGACAGCCACAAGGGUGCAGGACCAUCUCGCCGAAGUGACUUGGAAUCUCUGGGCUACUGUCUUCUGAAAUGGAUCUGUGGCUUCUUGCCUUGGUCUGAUGAGCUGGACAAAGUAGAAACUGUGAUGGAAAAGAAGGAAAAGUACAGAGAGGAUGUGAAAUGCCUUCUCCAGCUGUGCUACAGGCAGAGAUCCAUUCCAGAUGCCCUACAGAGCUACCUGCAGCAAGUAAUGGCGCUGGAGUAUGAGGCAAAGCCUGACUAUGAGGCCCUGCGGCAGCUCUUUAAGAAGCCACUGGAAAAGAUGAAAGCUUCAGCUUAUGACUCGGUGGAUAUCAAAAUGGUGCCCUGAAUCAAGAGAAAUUGCACAGCAAAAGUGUUGAAAGCUUUCUGCAGCGUGAGGCCUUUCUUACAGCUAUUUAACUUUUACCCACGUAUUUUAGAACAGUUUUAAUGUGAGCCAAUGCUAAAUUUUGAGCUGCUGUUGUAAGAAGUUAAUGUGAAGAUGCCCCUGUGUGGUAGGUUGUUGUAAGAACUGUGAUGUAGCCACGAGAAGGGCAAAGUGUGGCACAGAAAACUAAAUCAGGGACCUCUUUUUUAACUAGUGACAGUACAUAGUUUU